UGAGUAGCGUUUCAUGCGGAGGAGAGGAACUCAGAGAACGCGCAGCUUAGAUAGCUAAACAAUAGGAACCGUUUUCCAAAAAGGAACAGUUAUUAAGGCAUAGAUCGUAUUUUGUUUAGUUGUGCCGUUGUGUACACAUCGCAAAUUAAUUCAGUCGAUCUCUAGAAAGUUCCAAAGGAGUUAUGAAAAACAACUCCUGCUAACUUCUCGAGUAGCAACUCUAGUGCACGUAUGAUAGCUAACGUAGUGCUCAAAAGGAAGCACUAAAUUGACCUCAAAAGGCAAACGACUGAAAUGAGCUCUUCAGUAGACUUUGUGUAACAGUUAAAGUUUAGCCGUGUCUGUGAAAGUUACCGUCCGCCCUGCAAACUUAACUUGUUAGUCUGUUAGCGAGAGAGCAGCGAUUUGCUCCGGUUGUCGGUCCAUGCGUGAGAGGGAGGGAUGUGUAGCCGCGGUGGAGUUGGGGUCGCCCGGGGCAGCUCUGGUCUGCAGCCGAUGAAGGCGACUGUCCCUUUCCAGCUUAACAACAACAGUAUUAGCAAACCCCAGCCUGCUCUGAGAGAUGCCAAACCAGUGUCUGAGAAACCGUUGUGGUGCUCACUAACUGGACAGAAUCCACACAGCCAUUCACUGGACGCCAUUGUGGGUCCAUAUCUACAUGGACACUGGCCAAAGGAAGGAGCACACUACAAGAAGGACAAGUCCACUCAGACUCCAGCCUCCUGGGCGGACAACCAGCAGUGCAAUCCAGGGGGAGGCAGCCAUAAGCGCUCGGCAUCGUGGGGCAGCGCAGCACACAAAGAGGGCCUACGGCAACGCCAGCAGCAGCAGUGCGCUGUGGUCCUGGGGGGAAGUCUGGACAGGAGAAGGAUCCACGCGGUCACUCAGGCCGGCUCCGGUUCUCCACCCUGGAUCACCCAGAGCCAGCCUCUUCCCAUCCCUCUGAAUGGAGUCCACACUCGUCUCCGACACAGUGAGGAGAAACUGGACCAGGAGCUAGAGACCAUCUUUAAACAGCACUCACUAUUGCAAGAUUUCCUGGUCCCUAACGGCCGUAGAGGUCCAGUACCCCCAUACUGCAACUGCUGCAGCGAGCAUCAGACGUGCCUCUCCUCCUCCCCCUCUCCUUCCUCUUCUCCCGCCACAUCGGUACUCUCCUCUUCCUCCUCCUCCUCCUCCUCUCUUGAUCUGUCUUUGCCCUCGUCUCCUGUGACCUGCACCCAGGACCCUGUCAGAGAGGUGUGUGGGGAAGAUGGGCUCUCUGCUCUUCCGCUGCUGGGCUCUCUGAGUCUGGACGACAGGGACGCCUCUGCCCCCCCUGGGGUCACUCUGUCUGGGGACGACCAGCAUGACUCUGCCCCCUCUCUAGGCCUGGUGGUUGGGGUAGACGGGGACUCCUCUGCCCCCAAUCUUGGUCCUGUGUGUGGGGAGGACGGGCCCCUGGCCCUAUUCUCCUCCUCCCCCCGUCCCAACAAGAGUGUGUGCUUCCAGAGGGAGCCGCCCGAGGGUUGCGAGAAGGUCCCGGUGUGCGAGGAAGUCAUGUUAUCAGUCAAGUCCCAGUCCCAUGCACUUCCCUCUUGCCCUGACCCAGAUAAGGUCAACUUCACACCACGGAGAGGCUCCACUUUCUGCCCUGUCAGUCUGCACAAGCCCCUCCCGUCCUCCAUGGACUUCCUGUUUCACAGCCUGUCAGUGUCGCCUAUAUCAGAGCUGGCAGGACGCACGGGGACAGGAAGGCCCACUCCUGACUCUGCUGCCACUACCAAGAGAGAGAGAUGCCGUGAGCAAGAGUGCGAUGGGUAGCGUAGCUCUGUGUGUGUCUCUCUGUGUGUGUGUGUGUGUGUGUGUGUGUGUGUGUGUGUGUGUGUCUCUGUGUCUGUGUGUCUGUGAGGGGGGUGUUGUGAGUGCUAUUAAUUCAUGGUGAAAAGAGAAACAUGUCCUUUGUUGAGACUAUUGUGGGUUUUCUCUCUCUUUAUUAGUCCUCUUCCCACUGAAUAGGGCUGUUCACUGACGUGAGAUGAGUGAGUGUCGACCGGCCUGUCUUUUGACAUCUGCCCAAAGAAAUGACGUGUUAAGAUGGGUGUGAGUCUUACAAAGGAAAUGCUAUGCUCUAUCUCCAUAGAGACCAUUUUCCUGCCAAAGUGUUAACAGUACCAAAACUAUAAUAAAUAUAUUUUAAAGAUCACAAUCAUAGAAGAUCGACCAAAUUUCAUUGAGGAUAUAUAAACAUUCCAUGUUGUGAGGCACUCCUUUGCCAGAGAAGGAAAGGACAGGUCUCGCAAGUGUUUGAGGCUCAAAUGAGGGUGGAAAAUGAUGACGGCAGCAGUUACCUUAACACAAAACAAAGAUGAGGUGUUCAAACAGUCAACACCAAUUUUUUUUAACUGAUGACCACUGGGUUUGCGACUGCAACCCUGACUUAUUGACUUUUCAGACCCCCCCCCCCCCCCCCCCCCAUCCCUUCCCCUCCAAGCUGUUUCUUUUUUGGAUAGAACCAGCUUCAGAGAGCUCAAAGAUGUAAGAGCUUUAAGAUGCUGGUUCUCAUCAGUUGGCAGACCAGCCAUGUGUUGCAAGGGUAUGAUUGCAUUUUCCUGCAAAAAAAAUGUACGCUUUUGCUAUAAUGGCACAAGAGACCUCACUUUUGAGUAAUGUGCAAAAGUUUUUUUUUUUAACUAAUAUCUUGGUUUAAGACCAUAUCAUAUUACAAUCUUCCUUAUUUAAAUAUGGUAUUUAUUGAUUUUGAAAGGGAUGUUGACAACCUUUCCUAUACAUGCCAGUAGUAUACCUCGCUGGGUAGUCUUUGAUUUCAUGUUUGGACAUGCAAUGCAUUUCUGAUUGUUUUGUUCUACAAAGAUGAGAGUUGAGCGUUUUUGUUUUCUUUCUUCUACAGGGUAGAUAGAUGUCUGUGAGAUGUUUUGCACUUUUUAGUUUGUAUUGUUUUGUGUUCAAACCUGUACCCUACUUGAAUUAACUUUUUUUUGUUAAAUCUGAAAAACAGGCAAAAAAAACUUAGACAGGUGAUUGUUGUACUGUCUGCAUAAGCUAUGAUCCUAGUAGGCUGUGUGAAAAUGAAUGGAAUGCGCCAAUGUCACAUGCACUUAGGUUUUUCUUUCUCUCCUUUUUUUUGGUACUAUUGUUUGUUUGUUUUUUCAUACUGGUCAGAUGACACUUGCAUUGAUGGAUUUGUUGAAACGGCUUCCGUUGUUGUAAAAAGAUGUUUUGUUUCGUUUUGAGCAACAUAAAGACCUUUUUAGGAA